AUGAAGGCUCUUAUUCUCGUCGGUGGCUUCGGUACCCGUCUGCGCCCUCUCACCCUCACUGUUCCCAAGCCGCUCGUCGACUUUGCGAACAAGCCGAUGAUUCUGCACCAGAUCGAGGCCCUGGUCAAGGCUGGCGUCACUGACGUCGUCCUGGCUGUCAACUACAAGCCCGAGGUCAUGGUUGCGGUCCUCAAGAAGUACGAGGAGAAGUUUGGCAUCACCAUCACCUUCUCCGUCGAGACCGAGCCGCUGGGCACGGCCGGGCCUCUGGCUCUGGCGUGCGAGAUCCUGGGCAAGGACGACUCGCCGUUCUUUGUGCUGAACGCCGACGUCACAUGCGACUAUCCGUUCGAGGACAUGCGCGACUUCCACCUGGCGCACGGCAACGAGGGCACGAUCCUGGCGACCAAGGUCGAGGAGCCGUCCAAGUACGGUGUGAUUGUGACGCAGCCGAACAACACAAAGAUCGACCGGUUCGUCGAGAAGCCCGUCGAGUAUGUGGGCAACCGCAUCAACGCAGGCAUCUACAUUUUCAGCCCGAGCAUCCUGGACCGCAUCGAGCUGCGCCCGACGUCGAUUGAGAAGGAGAUCUUCCCGGCAAUGGCGCGCGACAUGCAGCUGCACACGUUUGACCUGGAGGGCUUCUGGAUGGAUGUGGGCCAGCCGAAGGACUUUUUGACGGGUACGUGCCUGUAUCUGUCGUCGGUGGCCAAGAAGGCGCCGCACAUGCUGGUGCCGGCGUCGGAGCCGUAUGUGUGCGGCGGCAACGUGCUGGUGCACGAGUCGGCCAAGAUCGGCAAGGGGUGCAAGAUCGGGCCCAACGUCACCAUCGGACCGAAUGUCACGGUCGGCGACGGCGUGUGCCUGCAGCGCUGCGUGCUGAUGGACGGCGUCCAGGUCAAGGACUACGCGUGGGUGAAGAACAGCAUUGUCGGCUGGCACUCGAGCGUCGGGCGCUGGUCGCGUCUUGACGGCGUCACUGUGCUUGGCGACGAUGUGCAUGUCGCCGACGAGGUGUACGUCAACGGUGCCUCGGUACUGCCCCACAAGUCCAUCAGCUCGAAUGUGUGCGAGCCUGGAAUUGUCAUGUAA